CCACAUUAAUGUUAAAUAUUUUUAAAUAUCAAUCAUUAUUUUGAUUUUAUUCCUAAUUUAUUGAUGAAAUGAUUGAAGCACUGUUAGAGAUUUUCUACAGCAAGAAAAACUAAUUGUGUCGAUUGUGCUUGAUAAAACUUUUUAAAAAGAUUAUGACAAAAAAUUCUGUUUAUAAAUUUCCGUAUAAUGAUGUUGAAUCUGUUGUGGAAGUGGAAUACCCGAUAAAUCCACCAAACAUUGAGUUUGAGGCCUCAAAAACCGUAGACUACAGAGUCGAAUCGAAAAACAUCUGUGAGAUAUGUGGCAAAGAAUACACUCGAACAUCCGAACUGACGGAGCACAUGGCUGUCCAUACCGGCGAACGUCCUCAUAAAUGUUCCAUAUGUGGCAAAAGCUACUCCAGGCGAAGCACUCUAACUCGACAUGAGUCUACCCAUGUACGCAAAAACACCUGGACAUGUGAAAUAUGCGAGAAAGAAUUUGGUUUUAAAAGCGAUCUAACUUACCACAGCCGCAAACAUACCGGAGAAAAACCCUACCCGUGUUCGAUAUGCACAAAAAGGUUCGGCACGAAUGACCAUCUGCUUAAACAUAUGUUAACUCACACGGGUGAACGACCGCAUGAGUGUGACAUUUGUGGCGCAGCAUUUAAACAACGCACAACACUGAUGCAUCAUAGACGAACCCACACUGGCGAAACCGUCGGCGAGUGCGAAAUAUGUGGCAAGAAGUUCAACAGAACAGAUCUGCUGACCGGGCAUAUGGCCUCACAUGUAACCGAACGACCUCACAAGUGUGGCCUGUGUGACAAACAAUUCAAACACCGAACUAGUCUCAACGAGCACGCGCGCAUACACCACACCGGCGAACAAUCGUAUAGAUGUGAUAUUUGUGGGAAGGGUUUCGGUAGAAAAUAUCAGCUCGUACAUCACGACAUGGCCAUCCAUACUGGGGAACGUCCGUUUACAUGUACCACGUGUGGUAAGGGAUUUGUCGAGAACAGGCGAAUGCGCCAGCAUGAACUAAACCAUGCUAAAUGAAUGUGAGGUCGGAAACUGCAUAUAUUUAUCAGAUGUUGUAGUCAAAUAGAUCCUACAGGCAAUGUAUGAUAAUAAAAAAUACCUUUUUUGAUUUGUUUGAAGAGUCCAACUUUUAAACUCAUUUGAAGGUAAUGUGUUGAGAUUUUAUCAUAUAUCAGUUCCUACUAACGACCCCUCGUCAGUAUGUGAUAGCCUGUGUUUCACGAGUACAGGAUUCAACAGAAACCCUUUACCACAGAUAUCACACUCGUAGGGAUAUUUACCGGUAUGAACGGCCAUGUGCCGGGAUAGGUGACCUCCCUGGGAGAAUUUCUUUCCGCAGAUCUCACACUCGUAGUGUUUUUCGCCGGAGUGUAUUACCAUGUGCCUUUUCAAAAUACUAUAUCGAUUGAAGUCUUUGCUGCAUAUCGUACACUUAUGAGGUCGUUUGUCUGAAUGCGUGAUCAUGUGCUCUUUCAAGCCGUGUUUAUAUUUUAUUGCUUUUCCGCAAACGCUACACGAGAAAGGUUUAACUUUUUCCGCUGCAUGUGUGCUCAUAUGUCUUUCAAAAGAUUGUCGCCGCUUGCACCUUUUACCACAUAUUCUACAUUCGUGCUUGUAGUCAGUAGCGUGAACAAUUAUGUGAAUCCCCAGUUCAUGAUUCGUGAAGAAUAAUUUUCCGCAUAUUUCGCAUUUGGACUUUCUUUCGCCCUCAAAAUGACGCUUUCGGUGCUCUUCUAGCUGGCUGGGGUAACGGAACGUCUUGCCACACACAGGACAGUGAAGUAGUUGACUUUUGCUUGCUUCACAGCUGACAUGUUGUGUAACCGAAUUCAGAUCACAGUCCACAUCAUUGCCAGUUCCGUCACAUUCCAUUCGGGAAUCUGCGCGUAGUCCUGCUUUCAAAUCUGGACUACAAAGUUCAUUUAUGUGGUUGGACUGUUCUGUAGACUGCG